CCCGCCACCACCUGCCGCGCGACAUGGUCGCUCGCCAGCCGCUCCUCGCCUCAUCGCCUCCUGCGCCGCGCAAGUCGCUGCGCCGCCUCGCCUCCACCAGAGGCUUCAGACCCCGCGACGCUAAUGAAUACGGCUGGAUAAGAGUCUUCGAAGGCCUGGAACCGUUCGCCAUCGAUGCGCCCAGCAAACUGAUCAAGGUCACUCUCAACACAACAGUAGAAGAAAUAAACAAAGAUCUUGGUUUCAAUGACGAGCUGUCUCUAUGGCUGCAAAUUGGUGGAGCAAAUGCGAGACGACUGGAACAAGAUGAAUAUCCCUUGCGGAUACAAGAGCAGUACUUAGCGACAUGUGGUUGGAGGUCGCAGGCUCGUCGACUGAGGCUGGCGGUGGACCCAGAACUGCGACAUACGUUACGAUGGUGCGCAGGACCUGCCCCGCGAACUGGAGGAGUUCUAAGAUCCGGUACUGUGUAUGUGCUGAAAGGACAUGUAUUUCCGCAGUGGAAACCGAGACCGGCUUACGUGAUAGGAUCCAGACUGCAUUCUUAUGGGACAGCAUGGGAAAUGCUAGAACUUAGUGGCGGUAGUAUAGAGCUAUGUCCACCAAAGGCUCAAAGACUGGUUCUCUGUGUGAAGCCGCGUUGUCAAGGGAACCUGGCGUCCGGAGAUAACACCAUGAAUCAUCUGUUCCUCGGAUUCAGCACUAUUUGGGAGAGAAAUAUGUGGUUUUGCUGGCUGAAAGAGUUCUCUGUGAUGGUAGAGAGGAAUACAAUGAAGUGUGAAGAAGAGGAGGUCGAUAGCUUGGAUGUGUUCACACAACCAAGUCCCGAAGACAUUUUCCUGGACAGCUUGGAGCCGAACACGUUGAGAGAAAAAUGUGAACAUUCGGGCACGCAAAGCACACAGCCUCCAAAUGUGUUGGAUCUCAGCGGCGGCGGUCGGGCGUCGCUUGGCGCGGCACUCGCGCAGCACGCGGCCGGCGCGUUCACGGUACGCGUGCUGCAUCUGCGCAGUAACGCGCUCACGGCCCUACCGGCCCAGGCCUGGACGCUGCAGUCCUUAACACACCUGGACAUCAGUGAUAAUAGGAUCACAGAACUGCCGCAGGAAAUAUGCCAGCUUACACAAUUGGAGGAGCUACAAGUGAGCGACAACGAACUGCGCUCCGUAGAUUGUGCACUCCGACUGCCCCGACUUAGAACAUUGGUUGCUACUCGGAACCUUAUCACACAUUUUGGACCAAGCAACAAGCCACCAAUGGCGCCGGACGACGAAAAUAAAUCGGAGUACCGCGCCCCCCUCACCACCGUAGACUUACGACAUAACAAGUUGAAGGGAAGCAUCAUACUGGGCAACUAUGAGCACCUGGUAUCUCUGGACAUUUCCCACAACACUGUCGAAGUCUUGGUCGUGUCGGCGCUGCGCGGUCUUCGCGAAUUAUACGCAGCACACAAUACGCUGCAACACCUCGGUCUACAUGGAGCCAUGCUGAGGAUACUACGGGCGCCACAUAACCAACUAGAAACGCUAACAACAACAGUACCACCGAUCAACCUAGUCGAAAUUGACGUCUCUCACAAUAAGCUGACGUCACUCCCGCAGUGGCUCAGCGGCUGCUCCGACCUCACCACGCUGCACGCCAGCAACAACCAGCUCACCUCGCUCCCUGAACAUCUGUUCUGUAGCGAACUGUCCAGUCUCAGCAGCCUACACCUCGCGCACAACAAGAUAUCAAGCAUACCCUCCAUGCCCCGACUGAGAUCACCCUUACGAGAACUACUACUCCACGAUAACUGCAUACAAUCCUUACCAGAAAAUUUCUUCUCAGCAUGUGAUAGAUUGUGUGUCCUAAAUCUCACAAAUAACAGGUUAAGCAGACUACCGCAUGCGAGAGGCCCAUCCUCACACUGUCUAGAACGCCUCUACCUAACAGCAAACUGUCUCACCGAUGAAGUGUCAGAUGUCAUUAUAGCCUUCAGAGGAUUAAAGAUACUGCACAUUGCCUAUAACUGCUUGACUAAUUUACCAGAAGCGUGCAUCAACUUCUGGCCAGAUAUUGAAGAACUUGUGUUAUCUGGGAACUGUCUUUCGAGACUACCAGAAAACUUACCACAGCUAAACAAUAUAAAAAUUGUUAGAGCUCAUUCGAACAGAUUACGUUCUGUUCCGAUGUUUGCGUGCAGUGCAUCCGUGAAAAUAUUAGAUUUUGCUCAUAAUGAACUCGAUAGUAUAGAUUUAAGGCUUCUUGCUCCUAAACAGUUAAAGUUUUUAGAUAUAUCGUGUAAUAAAAAGUUACAAGUUGAUCCUUCGCAAUUCAGUGCAUACAGAUGUCAACGACCUUUGAGUCUAGUAGAUGUCACUGGGCGACACUCCUUGCCGUGGACACAAAAAAGUGGUUAUCAUGAGGAAUUGAAUGGAUCAACCCCUUGGACAACUGGAUUUUCAGAAUGCCCAAAUAAAUCAUUACAACUAUGCUGUGCCCAAAUUCGUCUUCCAUCCUUCUGCAAUAGAGAAGGUUUAUUUGCUAUAAUCGAUGGUGAAACCGAUAUUGAAGUGCCAAAAAUUUUACAAACGGCUAUACCUGGACUUUUGCUUGAAGAGAAAUCUAUAAAGGAAACUGUAAACGAGUACAUGAAAUAUGUAGUUUUGUCUGCACACAGGGAACUUAAAGAAAAAGGUCAAAAGAAAGGUGCAUGCUUAAUUAUGUGUCAUUUAUCUCCCGUAACUGCCCAAGAAAUUGGGUUUGGGCAUGCCACUCGGAAAUAUAAUUUGAGACUUGCCAAUGUCGGGGAUACCAAAGCAGUUCUUAGCAGACGAAAUGGACCUCUUAGCCUGGGCAUAGAAAACAACAAGCGACUCGGAUAUUCUACGCGAUAUCCUAACACUGUGCCAGAUCCUGAUGUUAUACAAACCAUCAUAAAAGAAGACGAUGAGUUUCUAAUAUUAGGCAAUGGUAAAUUCUGGAAUGCUGUUAGUAUGGAGACCGCAGUAUCAGAAGUUCGAGCUGAACGUAACCCUGUUCUUGCAGCUAAGAGACUGCAGGAUCUAGCACAAAGCUACGGCGUAGAAGACUGCAUAUCUGUGGUUAUAAUUCGAUUUGACGCGGCGCGGUCUGAUGUUGACUUGCUAAUGCGAGAAUUACGUCAGACAAUAAACAGUAAUAAGUCUGUGUGUCGUUCUGAUUGUUGUUGUUCACGUUUGGAGCCGUGUUGUCACUCGGUGACGCCGCCGAAGCCAAGUAGUGACCGAUCGUCUCCGAGUGGUCAGAGUGACCGGCCGCUUAGUGAAGCGAUCAGCCACCAACACUACGCCAGCGUGCGGUCACAAGCCAAAGCUUCCGAACGUAGGAGUUGUCGCGGAGGCGUCGCUCGAGCCAUACGUGUGCGAGUUGAAGAGGAUAAAGAGGAAGAUCACAGGAACGAUGAUUCAAACCCCGAGGAACAGUUCAAAUGCUGGGAGUACAUGCUCGAGCAAAACACGCAGAUGCUUUUCGACAAAGAGCUAGAUAACUUGUCGAAAGGUAUCAAGUCGAAUGUAAGCAGUCUCAGAAACUUGAAAGGCUUAUCGGGAAGCAGUCCGCAGCUGCAUUUAACAGGGAAGCAGUCAAAAGGUGUGCCGUUCUUAUCGAAGCAUUUCGGUAGUGCGAGAUCUUUCGGUACUGCUCUAAAACCUGACUUUCGAUUUGGAUCUGGGAGGUUACCAAACGGGGGUCCGAACGCUGCGUAUUUCGGAUCCCUACAGCGACUGAUGCCUUACCAUUUGGAAUACGAUUUUGCUGUGAUACAAGAGAAAUCUACCCAGGACUCCUUGGAUCUCGAGGGUCGCAUGCAACAGUACUGGGGAGUGGCCACCACGGAACUGUAAAUAAUCGCAGACCAUGGGUACUGAUAGCUCGUAAGUUGUAAAUAAAACUUUAUUGUAAUUACAUGUACAAUUAUUUAUAUAGAUACCAUUCAUCUGUCGACUAGAUUUUUUGCACAAAGUAUUAUAAUCACUAUGGACUUGCCUAUAUCAGCUAUUAUUACUUAUAUUACAUUAUCUCUAUGUACAAUAUUGUGAUAAAUUCUGUCGAAUGUUAAAUCGUAAAUAAAUAUUGCGUUACAUCUA